CAGCCCUGCAUGCAGCUUUGCACCUUCAUCCAUCCCUGAUUCGAGUUCCUUUCAGCUUGAUGACACAGGACCAAGGUCAAUUUCUGGCAGCAAUGAUCAACUUGGCGCUCGCUUUAUAGGCAGAACUUCGAGUACGAAGGGCAGAUUGUUCGCCUUCCCUACCCUGCGCCCCGGCCUGCUCAGAAGCGAUGACUAGCUUCGACGGCAGCGCCAAUGGAAUAGCAACGCCACGAUUCGCAUUGCAGCAGAAUGAGGACUCGAUGACAAUCACAGCUUGGUGCACACCGUCAGCAGACAGCAGCAACCACAGCGCAGACAAAGAACCUCGCGCCAUCGCAGAAGGGCGCACGUUUGGACUUGUCCAUCGCGCUUACUAUCUACCUCUCGUCCUACCCCUGCCCUGCAAAGGCGUCAGGCACUACUCAGUGUCAGGAGAUGCCGUCACUGUCACGAUCGACAAGGCAUCUGCAGGCCUUUGGAAUCUCGAAGAGGUUGUGCCCGGAAUCGCGCCAGAGCUCCAUGUAGGCUCGACGCAGCGUCAAGCGAAUGAUGGCCCGGAUGUCAUCUCUGAUGCUGUUAGUCGAGCAAAUGAGAGUGCUUCCUCAGAUCACAGGCUGGCCCUGGUCGACGAAGAGUCAACAACGUCCGCAGACUGUGUGCCAGUCGAGCAGCUUCCCAGUGACAGCUUGGUAAGAGCACCUCGAGUACUCGCAGAAGCGAGAUCACAAGUGCACGAGCAGCCUUGGGACGAAGAUAGAGACGCCAAUAGGCGGUCAGAGGAGGCCGAGAAGCGAGAGGACGAGUGCUGGAAUGAAGAUUGGUACUUGGACAACUACGCAGAUGAAGCUGGAGAGGUAGCUGCGUGCUUGGCCUGGCAGCCAAGCCAUCUUGUAAUGGAGUCACAUCCGCUUGCGCUAUCGCGAGAUGACCAGCCGCAACUUGACCCCUUGCACUUGUUGUUGAUUGAAUUGCUCUUUGCGCAGUGCUACGACGAGCGAAGCAAUCAAGGCGACACGUCGGUAGAGAGCGGCUGGACCAUCUCGGUGCUUUGCAGAUCACUAGUCGCUAGCUACCUGCCUCGAGAAACGGACAGCUCGGAGCAAUGCGUCACUGCAGCGCUCCGUGUCUCCUUCAGAAGAGCCUUGACGAAACCUCUGUACCGGAGCUGGUCACUCGCCACUGUCGUCGCCCACGACGUGCGGACAAUCUUGGGCGCUGGUUCAUCGUCGAUCCGAACACGUCUUCAGCUCAUUCGCGAUUGUCUCGAGGAAGGAGCAGCAGGGGGCGACGAUGCUAUGGAAAUUUACGUGAAGGACGUCGUAGGACCCUUGGCGAUGUGGCACGAGUCCCAACCUCAGGAGAGCUAUGAACGACUGGCUGCUCUCGUCCACAAGGCGAGCGAAGAGCUGACUCGCUCUGAUGUAGGAGGACCGUUGUGGGAUCUGGACACUUUGGAACGAGCAGCGGACGAGGUGCUCGCCGAGGAGGAGCAAUGAAUCAGUCCGGUCCCACAAAUGCAAGGUGACUUGUUCGAGCCAUUGCUACUGUUCAGCGGGAUCGGAU